AUGAAUUUCCAAGGACUAUUUGUCCUUAUUAUUCUCCAACUAUACCAGGAUACUGUAGUAUCUGCCUUCGACAGAGAUGCCAUAGAAACUUACUUACGCGAAAAAGAAACAGUUAUGAAAGCAACGAACGAAGUCGACCCGGGAAUCCAGAUAUUGUUGCAAAAUUUCAGGACCAAGAUUAUCAAUGACGUCAAAGAGCAACUGGAGACUUCAAGCAAAGAUAUGAAGAGUUAUCAAAAGCGUUCGUUGAUAGCCACCUCGGAAUACCUUGCAAAAGUAGUAGCAGAUGAGAUAAAUCCAAUUAAAAAGCUUCUUAUUUCCUUGAACGAUGUGAAAAAUAUUUUCCACGAGGAAUUGACGGUUAAGAUGAGAAGCAGCAUCAUGGAUGAGCUUAAGGCUUUCCAGAGGAUGGAAUUGGAGUCGUUGGUGUUACAAUUCAAGAAUGAAAUCAUUGAAUCCUUCCAAGCUGAAUUUGUUGAUGUGAAAACUAGCUUGCAACUUGAAGGAGCUGCAGUGCGCGAUUUGGUUGCUAAUCAAUCGAAGGAUCAAUCUGAAAGAAGCUUGAUCAAUCAGCAAGCUGAUGCUAGGAUGAAAGAGCUGGAAGAAAAGUGCGAAAUUAAACGGUUGGUUGAAACAGCUGCUCAAUUAGCGGGUGCUAAUAGUCAAGCUGUUGAUCAAAAAUUGAAGAAUCUGGAUGAGGGGAUUCAAAAUUUGACUCUAGCCCAUCAUAGUUUGGCGCAGGCAAAGCCCAGGUCAUUCAGAAUUGAUCAUGAAAAUGAACUGGUUCAACGGCUGGAGCAGAAAAUUGACAAAUUGAAGCCAAAUGCGUCUUGUGAAUUGACACCAAUGUUAGAAUUGAUAAAAACCAGCGUUGAAACAUUAAAAAAUGAUCGGGAUGCAAGAUCAAAUCAACUGAUUACUAAAUUGGUGGACAGGAUUGGGCGCCUGCUGACGGUAAAAUUGAAAUCUAGGACUACGUCUUGUGAAUUGUCCAGUUCUGCGAAAUCAACUCUGGCUGCGAUAAAAGCUGCGACUGAUACUUUGGUAAAAACUGCAGCUACGUCUGAUAAAGAAAAUAAAUUGGAAGAAAAGUUUAAGGCAUUAUUGACCGAGCUUAAUGCUAAUACAACCGUUGGAUUCGAUGAAGUGAAAAGCAAGCUGAAUGCCAUUACAAAUACAGCCAGUAGUUCUGAUAAAAGUUGCAGGGAGAUUAAGAGUACAUUGGCUAGUGAAUUGGACAAGUUUUCGAGAAAGCAAGUUACGAGUAUUAAAACUGCUAUUGGUGAUGUCUUGGCGAAUGUUUCGAAGAGUGAGGAACCGAAGUUGGAAGGAGAAGAUGGGGGUAAGUCGAUGGAGAUGAGCAAGCUUGAAGAUAUUGAAAUAUUGGUUAAAGAAGCUAACGAUAAAGUUAAAAUAGAAUUGGGGGAGGUUAAAGGUAGGAUUUUGAAGGCUUUUAAUGAGACCAUUGUUGAUAGGCUUACUGCGGAUGGUAAGGGUUGUAUAGAAGCUCGGGACAAUGCUGGAGGAAACGAUACGGAACAUUCAGGAGGAGACGAUACGGAACAUACUGGAGGUGAUGAUACGGAACAUUCAGGAGAUGAUUCUGAAGAACAUUAA